CAGCAAGGUCUGGAUGGCAGCCACCGCCGAGGCCAUGUUAGGGUCUCCUUUCAUCUGGGACUUAAAGUACUUGAUUAACUCUAAGGAGAGAGGAAGAAAAAUGGAUCAUCACGUGAACCCAGCAGGAUGAGGCCAGAGAGCUUGGUGACAACUGCUGACCUUAAGAGGCAAGGCGCUUCCUAAUGCUCACAGAGGACACCCGGGCUGCGAGGGCCACCACACUGUCUCCGAGAGCCAGAAUUUUGGAGGCGGCCCCUCGGACAGCGUGUGCUGAAGUCAGUUUGCGAGCUUCCGAGGGACCCAGACCACGGACACAAGAACAGUGACAGCGGGAAGUGGCUCGAGUUUGGACAACGUCGCCCUGAGCUCAAGCUGCCCGAGCGAGGCCGGGACCAUGUGUCCCCGCCGCUCUGGCUAGAUACUCACCACCGUCCUCCAUGGCUUCCUCGCGACGCGGACCACAACCCCGCCAGCAGCAAAGCACCGCCUGACAGCGUGUCGAGCUUCUCACGCAUCAUUUCCGUCGCCGCCGGGUUUACGUUUACGUCACUUGUCAGCGCCGGAAGUCGACUGCACCUCGGACCGUGGGCGGCUCUUCACCGAGGCAUAGGGAGCCAUGGCCGCGGACGAAGAUGAGUUGAAUCUUCUGGUUAUCAUAGUUGACACCAACCCGAUUUGGUGGGGAAAGCAAGCGUUAAAGGAAUCUCAGUUCACUCUGUCCAAGUGCAUGGAUGCUGUGAUGGUGCUGGCAAACGCCCACCUGUUCAUGAACCGCUCCAACCAGCUAGCGGUCAUCGCCAGCCACAUUCAGGAAAGUCGAUUCUUAUACCCGGGGAAGAACGGCCGACUCGGAGACUUCUUCGGAGAUCCUGGCAACGCCCUUCCUGACUGUAAUCCCUCUGGGAGUAAGGACGGGAAAUAUGAGCUGUUGACAGCGGCAAACGAGGUGAUCGCCGAGGAGAUCAAGGAUCUGAUGACCAAGAGUGACAUCAAGGGCCAGCACACGGAGACCCUACUGGCAGGAUCCCUCGCCAAGGCCCUCUGCUACAUUCACAGAGCGAGCAAGGCAGUGAAAGAUAAUCAGGAGAUGAAAUCAAGGAUUUUGGUCAUCAAGGCUGCAGAGGACAGUGCACUGCAGUACAUGAACUUCAUGAACGUCAUCUUUGCUGCUCAGAAGCAGAAUAUCCUCAUCGAUGCCUGCGUCCUGGACUCGGAUUCAGGGCUCCUCCAGCAGGCUUGUGACAUCACUGGGGGACUGUACCUGAAGGUGCCUCAGAUGCCUUCUCUCCUGCAGUACUUACUGUGGGUUUUUCUUCCGGAUCAAGACCAGCGAUCUCAGCUAAUCCUCCCACCUCCGAUCCACGUGGACUAUAGGGCUGCCUGCUUCUGCCAUCGAAGUCUCAUUGAGAUUGGCUAUGUCUGCUCUGUGUGUCUGUCUAUUUUCUGCAACUUCAGCCCCAUCUGCACCACGUGCGAGACAGCUUUUAAGAUCUCCCUCCCUCCUGUGCUGAAGGCCAAGAAAAAGAAACAGAAGGUGUCCCUGUGAUGAGUGAUACAAACUUCCCCAUCUCUUCCCACCGGCUGCCUCUCUGUAGGGAGCACGGAAGACUUUGAAGCACCGCCUUUGUUCUGUACUUUUAGGGUGUGAGGCUGGAGAGUACGCACCCCUCUGAUUCAUCUGGAAGGGGGACGGCUUUGUAGGUUGUUGUGGGGUAGCAGGUGCCUGUCGGAUGCUAAUCUGUGGCUGUUUUGUUAGUUGUUGCUUGGAUGCUUGGUGCUGGGGUUUGAACCCUAGCCUUGCACGAGCUAGCCCUACAGCCCACCUCAGAACUGCAGUGGGCCCCUGGGAUUUUGUUUUCACAUGAUCCUCUGUCAAAGCUUAUGUGGUGGGUGCUGGGUCUUCUGUACUUCAGAAGUGUGUGAGGUUGGGACGUCGUCUGGGAGGGUGACCGGCACCGGGUCACUGUGGGCCGUGACAGAAUAUCUUAGUUGCUCAGGUGAUGCACGCCUGGAACCUUGAACUUAGGAGGCUGAGACAGGAAGGUUUGGGGUUCGGAUCCUGCUUGGGAUAUGUAUGAAGUGCCGGCUUUUUUUCUUUCUUUCUUUUUUUCUUUUUUUAACAGAAGAACAUUUUACUUCAAAUAAAUUGUUUCCUUCAACUGUUUUCAAAUAUAACCAGACAUAAAGGCACAGCCUUCCAUCUCAGCACUCAGGGAGCCCAGACAAGUGCAUCACUGCGUUUGAGGCCAGCCAGGUCUACAUAGUGAGUUCAGACCACACCAACCAGGGUUGCAUCUUGCCACCUUGUUUACAAAAAAUAAAACCCCAAACCAGUCACGUUCACAGGGAGAACCGCUGACCAUUAGAAAUGUAAAUGAGUUCAGGAGAAACGUUUGUACUCUCAACAAUAAAGUCCUAUUUUUGUAUUUACUAA